UGAGCUUUCCCAUCAUUAUUUUUUUUCCAGAGCAAAAGAACAGCGAAGAAGAAGGCCGAGGACUGCUAGGUCGGCGGUUAAGUUUUGGUGGAGAAUGAGUGCGGAGAAGGAAUCCUCUGUUCCGCGGCGUCGCUUAUCCUGUACCAAGUGCUUCGACGCACUCUGGUUUUGCUACUCUCCGGUUCAUCAAAUGCAACAAUAUUAUAGAGUAGGAGUUCUUGACAAUUGUUAUGGAAAAUGGAAUGCUCUUUGGGAUUGUUUGUACUUGAAAACCAAGUCCUCUUCUGAACUCCAGGAAAUUCUGGAAGCUCGUGAGAAAGCUAAGUCCCACAUUUGGACUUUUCGGACGCCUGAAGAAGCACAAUCUUACUGGCAGCAGGAAUUUGGACAUUUAGAUGAUAAGGAUUGACAAAUGUGGAGAUGCUUUAGAGCUUUCUGCAGAAUUCUUUUAGCAGUAUUACAUCUUCAUUGCUCCAUCUCAAACUUUGUGUCAUAGGUCUGAAAUAAACUGUUAUUUGUUUUUUUCCUUAAGCUUCUGUUGUUACCUGGGUUAAAAAUAUAUGACUCUUUUUGGCAAGAAGGAGCUGUUGAUGCACUGAUAAUCUUCUGAUCUGAACUCGUGAAAAAUUCAAUGACAAGCAAACUGUGGUUUAAAUUCUCUA